GAUGGAGACAGCGAGAUGUACGACAAGUCGCAGUCCCACCUCCUGCACUCCAGGGCCAUGGCUUGUCAGUUGAAUGCGGCAGGGGAGGGGCAGUUCAAGAAACUGCCGAGCCGUUUUCAUCCCAUUGUCCUCGCUGACGUUAACGACGGAGUUGGGCUGGUCAAGAAGGAAAGAGAGUGGAUGGAGGUGGAGACGGAGGCGGUGGGGAGGAUCAGGUGCGUGAGCUGCGACAUGGCCGAGGUCAUGGAGAUCGAUCUUGCAGACGCCCCCGCCUGGAUCUUCCCGCUGCGCAAGCGCAUGGGCGAGGCGGCCGAGGGGGCCCCCCCUGCCCAGGCGGCGCGCACCGACAGCGCAGCCGGGGGGGCCAGCGGGGGCCGUGGCGGAAAAGGAGGUGGCAGGCGAGGAGACGACUCCAUGGACGGCGCGACGCUGAAGUGGGCGGUGCGACAGACGCUGGCCAACUCGAGGGCGAUCGCAGACAUGGAGUCGAGCAUCAACGACACGUUUCUGAUAUCAGAGCAGACGUGGCUGUCCCAGGCAGGCCUCAGAGGCAACAAGUACUACGCCGAGAGUGUCAAGCAGCUGAAAGAGAAGGCCGCCACCGACCCGUCGACGGACCUCGGCAGUCUAGGGCCACCGUGGCUCACUGUGUUCUGGAUUGUAUUGGCAGAGAUCAAGAAGCACUCUCAGAACGGCCAGUACAAAGACGCGGCCAACCUCUUCUGGGACAAUCAUGCGAAAGACAAAACGCCCGACGAGAUCGCGCUGAUGGCCCGUCAUUUUUCCUUCCAGGUACCGCGCGGGGAGAAGAGCAAGCGCAUGGAGGGGAUGGCCAAGUUCAAGCUGCACAUCGCCCAGGGAUCGGCUGCGGGUCUCGCCCUCCAGGAGCUGAUGAUGCGCACGCUCACGGAGCUCCAGGCGCAGCGCUUGGUGGGCUCGGCACCCCGCAGUCAGGCAGAGCGUCACCUUCAGCAGUGGCUCCAGCGCGGGGUCACUGGCAGGGAUGUCUUCGUGGGGAGCGGGGGUGGGACGGCGGUGGACGGGGGGGAGGGAGAGGAAGCGCGGCUCGCGGCGGCGGACGAGGACCGCGCCCAGGGGCGCGCCGAGCCCGCCCAGGAGCCUAGGCCAGAAGUGUCUCCCGCCGCCUACGACUCUGCGGAUGUGGACGUCCCAAUUGUCGUCAUAAUGCCGUUGGGCCUUAAACCCGAUGGCUCCCCGUAUGACAAGACGGACGUGGUCGUGGUGUUCCCGGAGCUAGGACGCUACGAUCAGGCGGCCGUGCGUGCGCGCCCCGCCAGGGGCGAGCCGCCGGCGGAGGCCCCAGGACUCCAGGCUCGAGAGGCGCUCGAGAGGCCCGAGAGGCCCAAGAGGCCCGAGAGGCUCGAGGGGCUCGGGGCGCUCUGGGCGCGCGAGAGGCGCGAGAGGCCCGAGAGGCUCGAGGCGCUCGAGGGGCGCGGCUGGCUCGAGGGGCUCGAGAGGCUCGAGGGGCUCGAGGGGCUCGGCAGGCCCCUGCGCGAGGCCCGCCGCCGCGGCGCAGGCGCCGCCCCAUCGGCGGGCGCCUGCUGCCACUGCCUGCCCUGCCCGCAGGCGCUCGCGGCGACCGUGCAGAG